GCUUGCGGGAAUUGAGAAGGAAAUUUGGGGGGCCACACAGCGGAAUAGAGGCGCCAGUGGAAGCGUAGUCCAGUCUCGGCAAUAGCGAUAGCGUGUGCUCCCUCCGACCGCACGUGCUUAAUUCGCAGCUCCAUCGGCCACGAUGUUCAGUCUGAACCCGCGGCAGUCGAUGCAGUCGGUGCUGCAGUCGAGCGGCAGCUCCGGCAGCUCAAUACGCAAUACGGCGACAUCCUUCAUCUCCGCGGCGUAUAACAGCUACGAGAGCGGCGCGAGCUUCCGCAACGUGGACACGGGGCUCGUGCCGUCGUUCGAGGCACUAAACCCGUAUGCCAAGGCAGGGCGCAGCAUGAUGGGCGACGAUAAGCGCUGGCAGCCUGUACCCGACCUUUUCCACUCGAAGGAGUCGCUGUACUUCCGUUCUGCCGUAGGAAAAGUGCUUAAGGCGGCGCACGAAGAGAUCUCCCCCGCGGAACUGGAAGUUCGAGCCAAUACCCCCGAGUUUAAAGUGGAGGAAAGCGACUGGAUCGCCCAUAAUUCCAACCAGAAGAACCAGUUCGCACUCAUCACGCCGCUCAAGACCGUGGCGCGUAUCCCCGCCAACCUCAUCAUCACGGAUGAACCCAUUUCGUUAACACAAUCCAUGAGCAACCACAUGGGGGGAUAUCUCCGUAAGAAGGGAGAGAAGAACAAGGCUUUUAAGAAGAGAUACAUGGAACUCAAUGGCAGUGUGCUCGCCUAUUACAAGAAGAAGCCCGAGAAGAACGGAAUCCCGUUGAGUAGAGAUGAGAAGAAGACAUUGGAGCGCGGACGCAUUGACUUGGACAGAGUAUCGUCCUUGCAGCCCAUGGAGUCCAAGUCGGAGCCGUACGGAAUUCUACUGGUGACGACGGCUCGUACAUGGGCAAUUUGUGCCGAUUCAGAGCCGGAAUACCAGCGCUGGCUUAAGGGACUGUGCGACGUGGUCAAGUUUAGCGCUGUUCACGUCACAUACAAGCGCAUGUUCCAGUUGCAAGAAGUGAGCGCCAAAGCCAUCACGGAUGUUCGCAUGGUGGUCACUACAGGUGAUACAGUUGGCCAGAUUGUGGAGCAUAUCUUUAACUGUUACGAACAGGCCCUGGAUGCUGCUCCGUUGAGACCGUACAACCCAGCCGAGUAUCGACUGAAGAUCACAGGAUACCGUGACUACAUGAUCGACAGAUUCCGUGUACUGAACGAGUAUGUACACGUUCGUGAGUGUCUUCUAACCAAGAAGACCAUUCGUUUGACUGUGAUUCACGAAUCAGUGAUCCAGGAGACGGCAAUGAUGAAUCUGAGCAUCGGCAGAGACCUACCCGUUAGUACUGGAUCGAUGAACAACAUUGUAAGCCAGUUUGCGGAUAUGUUCGAUGGAGAGCGAGCUACAUCGCUACAGAUGACUACACUGGGAGACGAAUGGGAACGGCCUUCGAUUGAUCGCAACCUGUCGUUGCCCAGUGGAGUUAUCCAGCAGCCAUUCGCUAUCCGUAUCCGUCGUGUACUGAACAUUCCUCGAACUACGUGUGUGAGGAAGAGAUCCAGUGAAGAAGCUAUUGUGAGCCGGAUCCCGUUGACCAGCUCGAGUGUGGUUGUUCGCAUUGAACUGUAUGAUGGCGGCCAAUUACUGGAAAACGCUGUGAUCGACACGUCCGAUGUUCGCUUGAAGGCGCAACGCAAUGACUUGCUUUACGCAGAAUGGGACGAUCCAAUGUGGCACAAGUUCAAUAUCGACAUCUGCAACAUCACACGCACCAUGCGCGUCCAGCUGACUGUUCUGGGUGUGAAGAAGGUUGUUGGUGGCUCCUCUUCAAACAUGGAGGCUAUUGAGGAGAAGAUGCUGGUGACUGGAGUGAACGCAUUUGAGGUGGAUGAUACGCUUGUCCAGGGACAGCAAUACGUACACAUGUACAAUAAUUUGCACUCGUGUAUCCAAGGACCAGUGCCUCAUGUGACGCUGCCAAAUGAGCCAAUGAUCCAGCUGGAGUUCUCCAGGUUUGACGCGCCAAUCAAGUUCGACUGGAGUGACGAUGAUGGAUCAUCAGUGAGUGACCGCUCUCACCGACGCAGCAUCAUCACGAGCAGUCGAUCCGUGAUGCUUCGCAAGGAAGGAUGGCUGCAGAAAGUGGGCAACUUUUCGUCAUUGACUCGUUGGCGUCGUCGUUGGUUUGUUGUGGACCAGAGCACUUGCACGCUGAGUUACGCUGACGAUGAGACUGCCCCUCGCAAACUGAUUACUCUACGCAAUUGUUCAGUGACGACUGCUGAUGACAUGAACCAAAAAUUUACGACUGCUCCAGUGAAUAAGGGUACGCGGAAACUCCGUCAGACUUGGUGUUUUAAGGUGCGGCCGAUGGGUUCGUCUCGUGACUACAUCAUUUCAGCGGAGACGAAGCAGGAUCGUGAAGAGUGGAUGCUUGCUAUUCAGACCGUGGCGAAGGGCGACUCGAGCAUUAGUGACUUUGGAAGCAGCAAUGGAAGCUUUGAGGAUUCGACUGCUAGUAUGUCAGCCUCUGUGGCUGAGAGCCCACGAGUGGAGGAGAGUAACGACCAGCUUGACGGCAGAAACAUUUUGGAGAGUGUGGCACAAGAGCGACGCGACUCGGUCUCGCGCAGUAGCGGACACAGCUCGUAUCAGCGUGAAGGUGAGCUGAAUGAACUGCGUAAGCUCAUCCUGCUAGAUCCGUUGUACCGAUUCAGUCCGUACCAGAAGGAGCAGCUGUGGAUGCACCGUGAAGAAUUCAUCGAUAUUCCGGCAGCGCUUCCUCGUAUUCUCUCUUGUGUGCACUGGGAUGAUAGAGAUGAGUGCGAAGAGGCCUUGAAGCUGCUUCCACGUUGGUCUGUUCCUGACCACCAGGCCGCUUAUAUCGAGCUGUUGAAUGGUGAAUUCGCUCAUGAAGGCGUGCGCUCUUUUGCAGUCAAGAAGCUUAGCCAGAUGGGUGAUACGACGUUCAGCUACUUCUUACCGCAACUGGUGCAGGCUAUCAAGUUCGAGAACCAUCAUGUUUCGCCGCUAGCCAUGCUUCUCAUUGAACGAGCUAUUAAGAACCCGAACCAGAUUGGUUUCGAUCUGUUCUGGAGCAUGAAAGUGGAAGCGCACAACGACCAGUAUCGUGAGCGAUACGGCACCAUCUUGAAUGCUUAUCUGGACGUGUGUAGCUCGAAGAUGCGUGCUAUUCUGAAGCUACAGGACAAGCUGUUCUCGGAAGGUGGAAUGCUGGAGCGUAUUUGCCAGAGUGUGAAGGCGAAGAAGAAGGACGGCGCUGCUGAAAUGAAGCGUGCGAUGCAGCAAGGAUUGGAGGCGUUGAAUGAACUUCUCCCUGGUUCGUUCCAAUUGCCGCUUGACCCUCGUAUUGAAGUGGGCAAGAUUAUCGUGAGCAAAUGUCGUGUGAUGGACUCGGCAAAGAAGCCAUUGUGGCUGGUGUUUGAGAAUGCCGAGGAGGGCGGUGAUCCGGUCACGGUGAUGUUCAAGGCUGGUGACGAUGUGCGGCAAGAUUGCUUGACGCUGCAGUUGAUCCGUCUGAUGGAUGAAAUGUGGCGAGAUGAGGGUCUGGACUUGGCCAUGGAGCCAUACAAGUGUGUGGCAACUUCCCCAAUGACCGGUAUUCUUCAGAUGGUACCGAACUCAGUUACAACUGCUGAGGUACACAGACGUGAUGGUAUGAUGGGCACGUUUAAAGAUCCCAGCUUUUCGGACUGGAUUCGUGCGAACAAUCCCGAUCCGAGAAGCCACAAGGCUGCUGUCGAUCUCUUCGGUCGCUCCUGCGCUGGCUACUGUGUUGCUACGUGUGUUCUGGGCAUUGGUGAUCGACACAACGACAACAUUAUGAUUGCGUCUUCCGGUCGCUACUUCCACAUCGAUUUCGGCCACUUUCUGGGUCAUCUGAAGUACUACAAGUUGGGAAUUCGUCGCGAGCGCACUCCGUUCGUCUUUACAAACGAAAUGGCUUAUGUUUUGGGUGGAGUGGAAGGCAAGGACUUUGCCAAGUUCGUAGACACAGCCUGUACGGCAUACUGUGUGCUGCGGAGACACAUGCACCUUCUGGUGUCGCUUUUGCUAUUGAUGGUGCCAGCAGACAUGCCAGAGUUGACGGGACGGGAUGAUAUCAACCACAUCGUGACGACGCUGGCGCCGGAGGUGUCAGAUGAGCGUGCUCGUGAGUCCUUUGAGCAGACGAUUCACUUCUGCCUUGACAGUCGAUUCAAGCGUUUUGAUAACUACCUGCACAACAUCGCUCACGCCUUUGGUUAAGGGGAAAGCGCGCCAAUCCGAGUGCUUGAAUUCCUUGGCUGGCAGUCGCGUGCAUAUCGAAGAAAUAAGUAAAUGCAACCAGAGUACCAGCGGCGUUGCAGUUUGAUGGAAUUAGUCUCCGGUUCGGUACGGGUGAGAAUAAAGAAAGCAACAGUACUCUUCGAAGGCUGUAGAAAGUUGUGGUUGCUAUCAGUUUGUUUGGGUGGUUUCCGUAGCAAAGUGUAUUGUUAAUAAGUGCACUUGUUGCUAGUGAGUGCCGUUCAUGCCGAGUUGUUGCUUUCUUGGAAGUUGAUAUUUUUAUUUGAAUUAGAUCGUGGUAUCUUGCUUAGCAGUACAUGUACUUAAGUACUUCAAGUCAAAAACUACGUGUAGUCGUCGAGUUAAAUGCAUCAGACUGCUGCUGAAAUUGCCGU